AUGGAGAAACAGCAUGAAAUAUCGAUACACGUGGGAGGAUCAGCCACCAAGGAGCGUCCCGUAAGUGCCCGGAUCCGAUGGGCGACCGAGAGCUCGCCUCGCACAGGCAGUGCGGUUCCGAACAUGGAGGGUGCUGGCGCCUCUGUCGGCCGUGUCGCCGCGGAGUGCUUGCUGGGCGAGAUUGUUUCCUCUUUGUUUCAACGGCAGGCGAGGGUUGCAGACGCUGCAGACGGCGCAGGAAGCGUUGCGGUUUGGCGUGGAGCACUCGAUUGCACUCGUAUUUGGACUCGGCCGGUUGCCAUGGCGCGCGUGGGCGCUGGACAAGGUUGGUGGAGGAGGAGGAGGGUCAGCGGACGGCAGCGAUUCGCCGAACGAGCUGCAGCGGACCCGAUGCAGGCAAAGUCAGAUGGCCUAGGAGGUCUAGAUGGUUGCCAACGGCGCUGA